AUGUUCUGUCCCUCCCAUGCCCUUGCCUCCACCUUCCGUCGGUGCUGGAGAGAGCAGAUCUACCGCAACGACAACCUCGCCAUGUUCGAGGUGGACGGGGGGGAACAGAAGGAGUACGGCCAGAACCUGUGCUCCCUGGCCAAGCUAUUCUUGGACCACAAGACCUUGUACUACGACGUAGAUCCCUUCCUCUUCUACGUCCUGUGCGAGGUGGACAGCUUCGGUUUCCACCCGGUGGGCUACUUCAGCAAGGAGAAGUACUCCGACCUCGGGUACAACCUGGCGUGCAUCCUGACGUUCCCGUCCUACCAGCGGAAGGGCUACGGAAGGGUUCUCAUCGCCUUCUCGUACGAGCUCAGCAAGAAGGAGGAGAAGGUCGGCAGUCCCGAGAAGCCUCUGUCGGACUUGGGCGCGGCAGCGUACCGAUCGUACUGGGCCAGCGUCAUCAUCCAGGCGAUGCAAUCCUUCGAGGGGCGCGAGCUGGCGAUCGUGGACGUGUCGAAGGCAACUUCGAUUAUCGCGGAGGACGUGAUAGACACGAUGACUCGCCUCGGCAUGCUCAAGUACGCCGACGGAGAGCACCGCAUCAUCGCCACACCGGCGACGCUGAGCACCCUCGCAGCCAAGUAUCCCAUCAAGGAGCCCCGAGUGGACCCGAGUAAGGUACACUGGACACCCCUCGUUGACUCGGCGCACCUGGGGGACAAGUUCUUUAUCCGGAACAAGAUUCCUCCAAGGGCGGAAACAGUGGACAUGGAGGAAGAGGAGUAGAUGGCGGUGCAAUCAUUCGCUAGCUCUCGGGCGUA